AUGUACGAUGCUGACGACAUCAUAGAGGAAUACCAAAUCGAGGUCAAGAAAUCUAAAGUUGCAGCCUCCUUUGGACCUCAACCCUCCUCUUAUUUUUCUGUUGGGAUGCCAGUAGUCAAGAAGAUGAGGUUUACUCACCAGGUUGGUAGCAGAAUCCAAGAACUCAACCAUACGCUGGAGGACAUCUUGGUAGAGAAAUCUAAAUUUGAUCUCCAGCUCUCCUCCGCCGGCCGCGAUGACCAUCAAUCCACUUCUCAAGUUAGCAGGAUGACAUCUUCCGUACCUGACCCUGAUAUCGUGGGGUCCAAUAUCGAUAAUGAUACUGACAAACUGGCAGAGUUGUUGAUUAAGGGGGACACUCGGGAAAACAUUAUUGCAUAUGCCAUCGUAGGAAUUGGUGGAAUUGGCAAGACCACUCUUGCUCGGAGGACUUUUAACGACGAAAGGAUAACAGCCAACAUCCCGAUGAAGCUGUGGGUCUGCGUCUCCACAGAUUUUGAAGAGACUAGUUUACUGAAAGACAUCAUCACUCAGGCAGGGGGCAGUCCAGGAGGCGCCUCCAGCAGAGCACUGCUCGAGCCCAUGGUUCGAGAGGCUGUCAUAAAUAAGAAAUUCUUGCUUGUCUUGGAUGACUUAUGGAACCAAAAGGUAUGGAAUGAUUUACUCCGAAACCCCUUGCAGAGUGGGGCAACGGGAAGUAGGGUCCUUGUGACCAGAAGAAACGAAGGGGUUGCAUUGCAAAUGAAGGCUGUAGCACCUCAUCAUAAAGUGGAGCUUUUAUCUGCUGAAGAUGGUUGGACGCUGCUAUGCAAGAAGGUGGUUUUGAGCGGGGAGGAGAGAGAGAUCGAUCAUUUAAAGGAUAUUGGAAAAGAGAUUGUGGAGAAAUGUGGCCGCCUCCCUCUUGCUAUUAAGACCAUUGGAGGAGUUUUAUCAACAAAGAGCAGGAACAAGAAAAAUUGGGAGAAAGUGUUUAAAGUCCUUUCAAACAAUUCUUGGACCGGCCUUCCCGAAGAGUCUCAACCAGCACUGUACUUGAGUUAUGAAGACCUGCCAUCUCAUCUUAAGCAGUGCUUUUUAUAUUGCUCGCUGUUCCCUGAGGACUGUGAAUUCUAUCGUCGCAAUCUAAGUCGUUACUGGAUCUCUGAAGGGUUCAUCCAGGAAGGAGAUCUAACAUUGGAAGAGUUAGGUGAAGAUUAUUAUGGGGAUCUUGUUCCGAGGAGUUUUUUGCAACCUGUUCCCUGGUCCAAUGAUGAUUCUAUAUGCACUGUGCAUGAUGUACUAUGGUCUUUUGCUCGAUUUUUAGCAGGAGAUGAGAACUUUUUUGUGAAAGAUGGGGUUGAAGUCGUAAAUAUUUCAUCUUCAGUGAAGCGACGUCGCUUAAAGGGUCGCGUUACAGAAGAAAAGCGCCAAGAAUUUAUUGAUGCAUUGGAAGAGCACAAAUCCUUGAGGACUCUACUGCUACACUUGGAAGGAUCACAGGUGGAAGAGAAUGAUGUCAACAACCUGAUUAAGAAGACACCGCGUCUGAGAGUACUAGACCUUUCUGGAUCUCGGAUCAUAAAAUUGCCAGACUCCUUGGGAAAUCUCAUGCAUCUACGUUAUUUAAAUUUGUCAGAUUCUGAUAUAAGUGACCUACCAGAGAGCAUAGGAAACCUUGUAAAUCUGCAAACUGGAGGGUAUAUACCUACCGAAAUUGCAAACUUGCAUCGACUGAACACACUGAUAAAUUUUACGCUCAGGAACAACAAUAGCAAUAGUGGUUGGUGUACACUGGAAGAAUUGAGAUCUCUAAAAGAGCUUAAAAUGCUCGAAAUCAACGCGCUGGAGAGGGCAUUGAAUGAGGGUCGAGUUGGAGGACUAAAUGCACUGAGAGACAUGUUCCAGCUUGAAGUGCUAGAGUUGAGGUGCGCACCUUAUGGAGUUGAUGAUGAUGGACGAGAAUGUGAUUACGGAGAAGUGGAGAUCAAAAGAAUUGAGGAGGUCUUUGAGGCGACGCUCUGCCCACCAUCACCGUCACGCCUAGAAUCUCUUACAAUCAAUGGUUUCUUUGGACUCCAUUACCCAAGUUGGAUAGCAUCUAGCAGUACGCACUCGCUCCUCCCAGAGCUAAGACGGUUGGAGCUCUUAUUAUGGGUGAUUUGCCCGCGACUUCCACCGCUAGGGAAGCUCCCCAACUUGGAAAACCUCUGGAUAGAAGGUGCAGAUGCUGUCAGAAAGAUAGGGACCGAAUUUUGGGGUCAGGAACCUGACUGCAGCGGAGAUCAAGGAAGCGGGAUACAAAUUUCAUUCCCUAAGUUGACAACAUUGAUAUUCGAAGAUAUGGACAAUUGGGAGGAAUGGGAAUGGGAGGUGAAGGAUGAUGACAGGCUGAUAGCCGUACCGAACUUAAAAGAAUUGACGCUUACUACGUGUCCGAAGUUGAGGUCUUUUCCUUCUGGCCUUGUUCACCACGCCACUACCUUAACAAAGCUGCAAAUGGUAGCUUGUGAUAGUCUAAAGGCAAUCAGGGGCUUUUCCUCUAUCAAAGAAUUGGAAAUAUCAUACAGCCCUAAUAUAGAGGGUGUUUCGGACCUUCCUAGCUUGAAGAUAUCGAAGUUGAGAGAUGAUGAGAUGCAGUCCCUACCAGAGGGGUUUCAUGGAGGACCACCUGAUUUCCCUGCACUCAAUAAGCUUGAGAUCAUGGCCAGCAACCAACUACUCUGCAGAUGCCUCCCGGAUGGCUCGGAUUGGUCCAAAAUCGAACAUAUCCCCUACGUAUCUGCCAGGAAUUUUAGUGCAUCCAGAUACAUCUCCAAGAGUCCCUCUGUGUUCAGCACCAACUUAAAUGAUUAUUGUUGG